CAUAUAAAAGUCCACCGCUUGCAGCUCUGGUUCAAAUAGCAUCCUCCACAGAGUAGGCCAGGUGUCGCAACUUUGAUGUUCCUCACAAAACCCACAUCUAGGAAGCCCUUGUUCUUCUUCUUAUCUUCUCAAAAUCCAAUCUUUUCCCUCACAAAUCAUCAGUACCAAAACCUACCACAGCAGUACACACAAACCCACAACUAUGUGGAUGUCUACAUGAAAUGGAAGAAAGAUCGGUUAUACGAUUCGAUAGAGCACAUACACAAGUCCAAAGAGCUCAAACCCAUCCUUUCUUUGAAAGAUUUCAUAGCCCAAGACCCAAAUGGUUGUAUCUCAAUCUCUCAUGUAUCAAAAAGAGGACUGCAAUUUGAUGUGAAGAUCAAGGUUGCUAGGUUUUUGAGACAAUACCCAUCAAUCUUUGAGGAGUUUGUGGGUCCCAAGUACAAUUUGCCUUGGUUUAGAUUGACCCAAGAAGCUGCUGCAAUCGAUAGAGAAGAGAAAAGGUUGCUAGAGGAGUGUAAAGAGGAUUUGACAGAGAGAUUGAAGAAAUUUAUAUUAAUGAGUAAGGAGAAGGUAUUGCCUUUCAAGAUUAUUAAAGGCAUGUUAUGGUAUUUGGGUUUACCAGAGGAUUUUUUGCACUAUCCAGAUAAGAAUCUUGACGGUUCUUUUAGAAUUGUGGAGUUGGAAGAUGGAUUAAAGGGAUUGGGUGUUGAAAGUAGAGAAAAAAUUGUGUCAGUUUUGCAGAAAAAUGCAACGAGGAAAGGGUUAUAUUCUAGAGAGCCAAUGGAGGGAAUUGAGUUUCCCCUUUUCCCAUCAAAGGGCUUGAGGUUGAGGAGGAAGAUUCAGGAUUGGUUAGAAGAGUUCCAAAAGCUUCUUUAUGUAUCACCUUAUGAAGAUUAUUCACAUUUAGAUCCUAAUAGUGAUAUUGCAGAGAAAAGAGUUGUGGGUUUUUUCCAUGAAUUGCUUUCUUUGUUCGUUGAGCAUUCAGCUGAAAGGAAGAAGCUUUUGAGCCUUAAGAAGUAUUUUGGGUUGCCCCAGAAGGUGCACAAGGCAUUUGAAAGGCAUCCCCACAUGUUUUACUUGUCUUUUAAGAACAAGACUUGCACAGCAAUUCUCAAGGAGGCUUAUGGUGAUGAUGAAUUGGCUAUAGAGAGGCAUCCAAUGUUGAUGGUCAGGAAGAAGUACAUAAAGUUGAUGAAGGAAUCAGAGGUGAUUUUGAAGAGGAGAAGAGCGAACAAUCCAUUUGCUGAAUGUAGAAAGUUGGAUUUGGAUAUGGAUUCUGUCAAUGAAGACAGAAGAGAAGAGAAAUGGGAGAGUUUCAGGUAGAGACUAAUUAGAGUUGAAAGCUGAUUUUACAUGCCAUUCACUGGUUCUGGUUUCAUCAUAGGUUGCGGAUAGGCAGAUUGCAUUACCCCCAUAGACUUGUAUCUAUUGUUGAAGAGAAAGCAAUAAGUAUACUCUUGGCUGGACUGAGUUUCAGAUAUCUCUUAUUUUUAAAGGGUGUCGUGUGAAAUUAGAAAUUAUUGUCUUAACUCAGUUCAUUCAAGAUGCAACAUAUGGGACCAUAUAUAUUGAAUAGGUGGGUCUCGUUAUAUUUAUGAUGGACCGAGUCUAAUGUCAUGCUUCCAACAGGUGCAAUCAGAGUAUGCACAUUCCCUGUAAGUCAAGUGGCUGUAUUUGUUUCUCUUUUGCUUUUUGAGAAUAGGCACACUGUUAUAUGCUAGUUUAUUGGACAGCAAA